AUGACCUACUUGCAGUACCUAGACUCGGACGACAACCUCGGUCUCAGUGCGGACAGUAUCGCAUCCCUGGUUAUUAAGUACCACGCAGAAGCGGGAACAGCUCAGGGUGCCUCCGGUGGACAGGCUACUGAGCAGCAUGUCCGUCUUGGGGAUGACCAGGAAGCAGAGGGCAGUGUAGUGAAUAGUUUCACACCUGACCGCGUUGCCGGAAUAAAAGUUUUACUCCAUGACAAUGCCUAUGUCGCUGGCCGAAGACGCACCAACUCAAAAGAUGACGGAAAGCAUCAGUGUCAACCAUCCUUCACAGUCGAGUCAACUUCCGCCAUAGCUUGGAUAUCUCUACUGCCCUGCACUUUACUUCAGAAGAUGAUUGAAUCCCUGCUUUCCAACAAAUGCGUCAUUAUUUAUGGUCCAAAGGGUGCGGGGAAGCUAGAGUUCGGCCGCCUACUUAUUGAUGCUAUGGUUCGAAUGUGA